UCGUAAGAUAAGCAUCCCGGUACAUCUCUUGCAACUUUGCAACUAUUGAACUGGGCGUGAUCAAUCGAUCAAUCGAUAGAGUGCCAAAUCGGUGUAAUUACCAUCUAAGCUUCUAAAGAUAAUGAAAUUUUUGCACCAACAUUACGUACCUAGUGGUGAGCCGAAUUUAUAAGUGAGAAAUAAAGGUGCAGCGUAGUGUUUCACCGCACGGUGAAUCAAUGCGAUUGUUUAUAAAUAGCGCCGGAGGAAAACACUGUUUAUGCGAAUUUCGUGAUUUUCGUGGAAAGCCUUGUGAGUCCGCGGUGUUCGGAGGAAUUAGUGUGUCGCGAAUCGUCUGCGGGUAAGGAAGGACGUGUGGUGGCACUCUCCCAAGUUCUCGACAUUGCCGUGUAUCGUUCGUUCGCUGUGUGGUGUUUGAUGUUGGUGACCUCAACUCAACAGAUGUUUUCUGUUUACAAGCUAGUGAUAAGAGCUUGAUAAGUGCCAAUUGAAGAACCGUGUCUGAUUCAUCGUUUAGUUCGGAUAAAGUCCUUGAGGUUUGUGUAACUAGCUCGGGGGUGCUUGAGUGUGGACUUCGGUCAGAAAACUGCAGCAGUAAUAAAUUUACGCGUCGGAGAAGGUCUUCCUUUCGUUGUGUCGCGUGUCCAGUCGCGUGGUUCGUUUUGCGUUCGCGCCUCGGUCGUAGUCGCCGUCGUCGGUGUGUUUCUCGUACGCGUCAAGAGCUGGUAAUCCUUCACGCUCCAUAUACGGACUCAAAACGGAAGAAUGUCGUUCUUCAACGAAAAUUACAACUAUCCUCGCAAUUGGAAUGCCAAUGGGUUCGGUUGGGUCAACCCGGCGGCCUUCAAUCAGCCGUCCUACCCUAUUCAAAUGCCAACGCCGGAGUCCUCCGGUUACUCCAGUUUAAACCCAUCAAUUUCUGGACACUCGUUGUCCUACGGCUUCGCACCGGGUGUCGUACAUCCUCCAGCUCCGAGUGGCUAUCCCCCCGCUCCAGCAGCUCCAAGUUUGCCCUAUCCGACCAUGGGUUUCACCGGGUAUGGAGCGGGUAGUUCGGGUGGUAUGCCGAUGCCAAUGCCCGAUGCCGGAUUCGGUGCUUCUCAGAUGCCACCGAUGCCGAUGUCAAUGCCAAUACCGGGUGGUUUCGCGCCUUCUACGCCGGAUGAGUCGUCCUCGACCGUGAAGGAAAUACCGUUCCAGUCGGUUUCGAUCCCGAUUGCCGAGGGAAUGUUCAGCAGCCUUGGUGAACGUGGCAGCGGAGUCCGAACGCGCACCGACGUUCAGGAUUACUACGUCCUGCGCAGCCAGUGCCUUGAAAAUGGUUCCCUCUUCGAAGACCCGGAAUUCCAGGCCGUUUCCUCAUCGCUGAUGUUCUCGCGCCGUCCGGAUCGACACUACGAAUGGCUCCGUCCGCACGAAAUCUGCGAAAAUCCGGAAUUCUUUGUUGAGGGAUUCUCCCGGUUUGACGUACAGCAGGGUGAACUGGGUGACUGCUGGCUGCUAGCCGCUUGUGCCAACUUGACCCAGGAUCAGAAGAUGUUCCUCCGGGUGGUUCCGGAGGACAACAGCUUCGAAGAUGACUACGCUGGAAUCUUCCACUUCCGGUUCUGGCAGUACGGACGAUGGGUCGACGUGGUUAUAGACGAUCGGUUACCGACCUAUCGCGGGGAGCUGAUCUACAUGAGAUCCUCGGAGAAGAACGAAUUCUGGAGCGCACUGCUGGAGAAGGCCUACGCCAAGCUGCACGGAUCGUACGAAGCGCUGAAGGGUGGCACCACUUGCGAGGCCAUGGAGGACUUCACCGGGGGCGUGACGGAAAUGUACGACCUGAAGGAUCAAACGCCACCGAAUCUUUACGCUAUUAUCGAGAAGGGAUUCCAGAGGAACUCGAUGUUUGCGUGCAGUAUUGAGCCCGAUCCACACGUAACGGAAGCGGAAACCCGCGAAGGUCUCAUCCGGGGCCAUGCCUACUCAAUCACCAAGAUCAAGCUCGCGGACAUCGUAACUCCGUCCACGUCCGGAAAGAUCCCGUUGAUCCGUCUGCGGAAUCCAUGGGGUAACGAAGCCGAAUGGAACGGAGCCUGGAGCGAUCAGUCGGUGGAAUGGCGAUACAUUCCCGACGAGCAGAAGGAAGAACUUGGCCUCAAUUUCGAUAAUGACGGCGAGUUUUGGAUGUCGUACCGAGACUUCACCCGGUACUUUGACCGAAUCGAAAUCUGUAACUUGAGUCCGGAUUCGCUCAGCGACGAGCAGGUGAACCGCGGAAAGCUCCGAUGGGAAAUGUCCACCUUCGAGGGCGAAUGGGCCAUUGGCAGUACGGCCGGUGGUUGCCGUAACUAUCUGCAGACGUUCUGGCAUAACCCGCAGUACGUGGUCCACCUGGAGGACCCCGAUGCGGACGAUGAAGAAGGCAAUUGCACGGUAAUCAUUGCGUUGAUGCAGAAGAACCGUCGAUCGCGCCGAAACAUGGGCGUGGAUUGCUUGACGAUCGGGUUCGCCGUGUAUCGGGUGACGGAGCGCGAUCUGGCGCAGAAACCGCUGAAGAUGAACUUCUUCAAGUACAAUGCUUCGGUGGCGCGUUCGCCGGCGUUUAUCAAUCUGCGCGAAGUGAGUUGUCGGUUCAAGUUGCCCCCGGGCGAUUACCUGAUCGUGCCGUCGACAUUCGAGCCGAACGAGGAAGGCGAGUUCCUGAUCCGAGUGUUCUCCGAGUGCAAGAAUAGCAUGGAGGAGAACGACGAGGAAGUUGGAGUUGGCGAAAUUGAUGAUCGGGUCGGUCCCGAUGGCAUCAAUCGUGGAGGUGGUAGAUACAUUGCACCAGACGUCCCAGUCCCGUCGCAACCGUCACCCCAGCGUCAGGCCAUGGAGCGUCUCUUCCUGGACGUGGCCGGCGCCGACGGGGAGGUUGACUGGGUCGAGCUGAAGCGCAUCCUGGAUCAUUCGUUCCGUGAUGAUCUGCCCAAGUCCUCGUCGGUGAAUGGGUUGAACAAAUCCUACGCCAACCAGCAGAACGCGGCCAACUAUGACGGCGGUGGCCCCGAGGAUGCCGGCGGUGGACUGUUGGCCCAGCUGUGUGGUCUCUUCUGCAAGGACACGCCGUUUGCGGAAGCCUUCGGGGUGACGUCGGGGCCUGGUGGAGGACAGGACGGCGGGAAUGCCAACGGAAACCUGCAGAGUCAGAUCGUACCCAUUCAGCACGUGGAUCAAGGUGGUACCGGUUUUUCGAAGGACGUCUGCCGCUCCAUGGUCGCCAUGCUGGACACCGACCAGUCCGGUAAGCUCGGCUUCGAAGAGUUCCAAACCCUUCUGACCGACAUCUCCAAGUGGAAGGCGGUGUUCAAACUGUACGAUCAGGACCAGACCGGGCGAUUGAGUGCGUUCGAGCUUCGUGAAGCGUUGCAUUCGGCUGGCUACCAUCUGAACAAUCGGAUCCUCAAUGGCCUGGUACACCGGUACGGUUCUCGGGACGGAUCGAUAGCGUUCGAUGACUUCAUCAUGUGUGCCGUCAAAAUCAAAACCAUGAUCGACAUCUUCCGGGAAAGGGACACCGAGGGCACCAACAUGGCCACAUUCAGCAUGGACGAAUGGGUGGAGAAAACGCUGUACUCGUAAGCACUUUCCAAGGUCCAGUCUUCAAUCCAAAAGCGCCACAAAUAAUCUCCCAUUUAUUGACGUUAUUCAAUGACAAAAAUCUAAUUGUUGAAAUAUUAUCAAUUAUAAUCGAACCGCCCCAUGCUCGAAUAGAUUUACAGCAGAAGAGAAGGCAACUUGCAUUUUAAUUCGCCUACCGAAUAGUUGGAACAAAUCGAAAUGAACAAAUAAGGAAGCAUCACAAACUUUUACCUACUUUUUAAUGUUACGUUGUUAUAUUUAUCACUUUUUAAAUUACAAUCAGUUUUAAGUGUAAUUUAUGAACAUUUAGCUGUAAAUAAGUAUUUUGCCGUGACUGGAACUCUUGAUGGUUGCUUAACGAGAAAAAAAGAAGCAAAAACGCGCUGAGCUCGAAAACUUACAUCGAUGUAUAACAUCACCGGCCAGAAGGCCUCACUCAGUGAUGGGCGAAACGUUCAGAUCUGAUAAUGCAAUUGUAGAAUCGAAUAACCGCAAAACCCAACCGAGCAGCCGUCGCGUGAAAUGUUGAACUUUUAUCGCAAAUUUGGAUGUUCGAACGAAUAAAUCCGUACUUUGGUGCCUAAA